UUGACAGACAGACUGAAGGUGUGCAUCAUAAUACUCGAUUGCUGUUAUGCAGUCAGUCCUCGUCUCGAGUGCAUAGUUUGGAAUGUCAACAUAAUAGGAGCUGCCUGGCCUGGCCUGCCUGGUGUUGUAGAGUGUGUGUUGUAUCGCUCGUUGCAUUAGCGUUUUCGUGUGAUUUUGUAACAGCUCGUCGUCGUCGUCGUCGUCGCCUACUUGUGAAGCGUAGCUUAGCUACGUGUGCGUAAUUUUCUAGUAGCGUAGUGUUUCCGUGUGUAACUAGCCAGUCAGCGCGCACGCAAGUGGUGCGUUCAAUUUAGGCCAAGAAUUGGCCACUCGAGUGCUGGGGUGAGGGGCUUUGUCGCAUGACCCGACCGAACCAUGCCCGGAGGAGGAUCCCGAGAGCAGUUGGAGGCUGCUGCCGCGGCGUACCUGGGCCGGGGCCACUUUUAUCUGCAGCAGAAUGGUGGCUGCGGCGGCGGAGAUGAUGAUGACGACGACGACGAGGGCACGGGUUCGAUCAUUCCCGAUCGCACCGGGAAGCACUCGUUCUGCCGACUGUGUCUGACCCAUUCCGACCGGUUGAGCGCGCUGUUUCCGGUGAAUGCCAAGCCGGAUCGGGUGCUGCUGGCGCAGAUAUUGGACUGCGUUGAGGUUCAGAUCACCCUUCCGGAUGACAUCAAGGCGUUGAUUUGCACGGAGUGCGUUCAGCAGAUUUACGCGUUCGCCAGCUUUAAGGAGCUCUGCAAGAGUAACGAUCAGUUGCUCAAGAGUCAAACAUUCGCACACGAAUCCGACGAAGAGGACGAUGAACCGGUGGAGGUCCAUCCGGAGAUUACACCUGAAGUUACCAUGACGAUCCCGCAGCAGCAGCAGGAGAAGAUAGUGUCCCUUCCGGACGCCACCCUGCUGGAGAAGUUGUUCGAGCAGGGCGUACAGGUUGAGGCGAUCGGUGAUCAUCAACCGACGACGGCCGCCUCUUCCGUGCAACUGAGCGAUGCCGACGAGCGGGAAGCGGAGCGCAAGGCCAAGAACGCAGCUCGUAUGCGUCGUUGGAGACUGCGUCAACGCCAGAAGCAGGAACAACAGCAUGUUGUUGUAAAGCCGGAACCGGAGACGAUCGUCCCGCUUGCGAUUCCCGUCCCAGAUCCGGUUCAGCUGGAGCAGGAGGAAGCCCUGCGGAUGCAGCAGGCCAAGGAGAUGUUUGCCCUGCUAGCGCAGCAGCAACUCCGACAGGUCGAGGCCGAGAUCCGCCGACUCAAGGCCGGUGCCAUGAUUCAAGAGCAAAUCCAGGACUUUGUCGUCAAGCAGGAACCUCAACCGGAACCGAUCGAGGAAGAAGGUGGCGAAUCAAGCCGCCAAACGUCUCCCAGCUCCGAGCAGCACAUGGCUGCUGUCCGGCGAUCCCGCGCUGAGUACAUGCGCAAGUGGCGCGCCAAGCGCAGCCAGUCCCAGCAACAGACGCCGACGUCCGCUCCGACGACUCCGGUCGCCGUGUCCUCCUCGUUCGGCUUUGUCGGCCGCCCUCCGGUCCUGUCGCCAGCCCCCGGCGAAACCGAAAAGAUCGUCAUCCAGCGGCACAACCGGGCCGAGUACAUGCGCCGCUGGCGCCGGGAACGCCUCAAGCAGGAACUCAGCCCGUCCGAGUUUGACGACUGGUGCACCAAGAGCGAACAGCGCCGCCGGUUCCGCGAGUGGCAAGUUAUGCGCGAGAGUGCCUCCUCGGCCGGCGACGAAACCAUGGAUUGUGGCGAGCUGGACACAUCCUCCUCCUUCCGGGUGGCACAAAGUUGACCGAUUCACGCCGCCCCCAACCGCUUCAUCCUCUCUUUUAGGCUGUCUACCACACACCGAACACAGUAUUUAGACGUUCUAGUGUUUUAUGUUUUUAUUUCGCCUCGCUCUAACUCUGAUUUUUUAAACACCGUUCCAUACGUAACUCGAGAUUAUUCGUUUUUUCCGUGCCCCUCGCACGCAGUAUUCGCAAUAAAUGACAAACUUUACAUUGUAGGUUUAGGCGCUAUCGCAUUCUCUGCCUAGUAGAUAUAAUAAGCCCAACCAAUCACACACAAACACAAGCAACUACUUUUAAUUGUUAAGCCGAAAAAAACAGUGAAACUCCAGUGACUCAAAUGUCGACAACACUCACUACUUUUGUAUGCAAACACAAGCUACUCAAAACGGAAACUAACUAAGGAAGAACACCAAGCAUAAACCUGCAUAAACCGCCUGUAAGGACUCAACGCAACAACAACAAACAAACUCACUCAAAAUCAUCGCCGAUUUUUGAUGAUGAUGCAAGAAACAAUAAAUAACUCAACUGCUUAUUACCUCGUGAAAUAUAUACUAACAAUAAUUUGAUUAAGAUGCGAACAAUAAAUAGUAUACACAUAAA